GGGCAUCAGGAAGACCAUGACGUCACCGCGACCACCUCUAUGAAAUUGAUCGCUUGGGUGUGCAUAUAUAGACCCCCUCUCUCUAUCGCCUCAUAAAUCGAACUACCGUUUCUUUACCCUUUACACGGACCACACACAACAUGAGCCAAAGCCCGAAGAGCCGCCCCAUGGCCGCGAUCACCAUGGCCGUCACGACUGCUGCGAUUUUCGGACUCUACUUUGCUGGGAAGCGGAGCAAGUCAGAAGAGCAGGGUCAAUCUAUCUACCACGAAUCGCAGCCUGCGAGUGCGCAGGGCGCGGGUCAGCUGGGUGGGGACAGCAAGUCGGGGUCGUCGGGCGUGCGGGAGGCUAUGCAUAGCGGGUCGAAGCAGUCGUAAUAAUUCCCGAGGAGGAAGAAGAGUAAUGAAGUCAGGAGUUUGAAACGUCAUAGAGCGCGCUGCUCGAGGACAGUUUACUACUGUAUUAUAUUGUGAUACCGACGUGUCCUAAUUCCACCCCCACUGUAUGAGUUAUAUGAUGCCCUAACUGUUGUCUGAGAGUGGAU